GCUGGUAUUUAAGAGCCAAAGCUGACGGUGCUGCUGCGGGAGGGAGGGAGUGGGUGCCGGAGCGCAGGCUGCACACGCACAGCGCCCCGCACGCCGGCAGCACAGCGACCGCCGCGACAUGGACACGGACACAGAGACCACCGCCCUCUGUCCUUCGGGCAGUCACCAGGCCUCUCCUCCAGGGACGCCCACCGCAGAGGCAGAUGCUGCACUGCUGAAGCAACCGGAGAAGCUGUUGGUGGGGUUGGACCUGGGUGGACCACCCGCUGCCCUCGGAGCCCCGAGACGGAGAGGCAGUAUGCCAGUGCCUUACAAGCACCAGCUGCGGCGCGCUCAGGCCGUGGAUGAACUGGACUGGCCGCCACAAAACUCCUCAUCCAGCUCCUGUGAGUCCCUGGGCCCAGGAGAAGCAGGCCCCGCCCCAGAUGAUGGCGUCUUCAAGGUCAUGCUGGUGGGUGAGAGCGGCGUGGGCAAGAGCACCCUCGCAGGCACUUUUGGCGAUCUCCAGGGAGACAGUGCUCAGGAGCCAGAAAACUCAGAGGACACCUAUGAGAGACGCAUCGUGGUGGAUAAGGAAGAAGUGACACUGGUUGUUUAUGACAUCUGGGAACAGGAGGACACACUGGGGUGGAUGAGGGACCACUGCCUCCAAACUGGAGAUGCCUUUCUCAUCGUCUUCUCAGUCACUGACCGAAGAAGCUUCUCCAAAGUGCCAGAGACCCUCCUCAGGCUCCGGGCUGGGAGGCCCCACCACGACCUGCCAGUCAUCAUUGUGGGAAACAAGAGUGAUCUGGUCCGCUCCAGGGAAGUCUCAGUGGAAGAGGGCCGUCACCUGGCAGGGACGCUGAGCUGCAAGCACAUCGAGACGUCGGCCGCGCUGCACCACAACACGCGGGAGCUCUUCGAGGGCGCCGUGCGCCAGAUCCGCUUGCGGCGGGGCCGGGGCCGGGGCGCGGCGGGCGGCGCCGAGGGGCAGCGGGCGGACUCGGGCAGCCCCGAGGGCCCCGCGCCGCCCGCCCGCCGCGAGAGCCUCACCAAGAAGGCCAAGCGCUUCCUCGCCAACCUGGUGCCGCGCAACGCCAAGUUCUUCAAGCAGCGCUCCCGGUCGUGCCACGACCUCUCGGUGCUCUGAGGCGCCGUCGGCCCGUCGAGGAAACCAAACACUCCGGGGCGUCCCCCCGGCCGGACCGUGGGGGCGAGGCGGCGGCGGCGGCGGCGGGGACGGGCUCUGGCGGUUUCCUAGCUUGGCUUGGUCUUAAAAGGAUCCACG